GGAACGUCUGAAGCGAAUCAAUCAUGUUCUUUCGAUCCUGAGUAACAAGCAAUGAAUUGCAUUUUUAUUAGAUCAACAGAGGAAUCAUCUGUGGAUGAAGAGGAUAAUACCCAAUUGCCCUGUUAGGAAGAGAAUGAAUGAAUGAAUGGGAUAAGAAAGAAGCAACUGAAUUCUGGUUUCUGCUCGCUGUCUUUUCCUAGGAACAAACAUGGCAGAACCAAACGAUGACAAAGACAGCUCUUCCAAACUCGAUCGCUACGAUGCAUACUUCGAGACGAUUCAGUCCAGGAAGAAACUACCACAUUCUUUGCAGGAGACUCUGACUGAUGCAUUUGCUAGGAUCCCGGCUUCUUCCUUCCCAAAAGUUCCCGGCGGCAAAGGUAGCUUCAACUUAGAACUUUCUCUCUUGCUUCUUUCUAUGUUCUGCGCAGUUUGACAUGUAUACUUUUUUCCUUUUCCCCCCAAGUCAUUGAAAUAGACGCAGACACAACUGUCUGCCAUGCGGUAAAGGUUCUAUCUGAAUGCAACAUCAUGAGUGCACCGGUUAGGAACCCAGGCGCAGGGGACAGUCCUGACUGGAAAGAAAGGUACCUGGGCAUCAUAGACUAUGCAGCAAUCAUUCUGUGGGUGCUGGAGAGUGCAGAACUUGCGGCGGUAGCUAUCUCAGCCAGCACCGCCACCGCUGCUGGCAUAGGAGCUGGAGCUGUUGGCGCCAUUGGAGCAGUAGCAUUGGGGGUGACGGGUCCCGCUGCAAUUGCUGGCCUGACUGCAGCAGCUGUAGGUGCUGCUGUGGCUGGUGGUGUGGUGGCCGAUAGAGGCGUGGGGAAAGAUGCCCCUACAGCAGUUGACAGCUUAGGGAAUGACUUCUACAAAGUUAUCCUUGAAGAAGAACCCUUCAGAUCUACCACUGUGAAAACCAUCCUAAAUUCAUACCGGUGGGCUCCAUUCCUCCCAGUUGCUACAGACGGUUCAAUGUUGAGUGUCUUGCUUUUACUCUCAAAGUAUAGGCUGAGAAAUGUACCUGUAAUUGAACCUGGGAAGCCAGAAGUUAAGAACUUCAUCACACAGUCUGCAGUAGUGCAGGGCCUGGAGGAAUGCAAAGGAAGGGACUGGUUUGAUUGCAUAGCGGCAUGUCCCCUUUCGGAUCUGGGACUCCCUUUCAUGUCUCCGGACAAGUCUUCAAUGAUGGAAAUGUAUGGUUAUCUUCCUGGCCAGGUUAUCUGCAUACAGAGCGACGAAUUGAUUCUUGAAGCUUUCAAGCUGAUGAGGGAUAAUGAAAUUGGCGGUCUUCCAGUGGUGGAAGGGCCGAAAAGGAAGAUCGUUGGAAAUAUAAGCAUAAGGGACAUCCGAUUCUUGCUGCUGAAACGUGAACUAUUCACCAAUUUCAGGCAGCUUACUGUAAAGGAUUUCAUGAUGACGAUCUCAAGUCAUGAGAAUGGCAAAGUAAUGCCGCCCAUAACAUGCAAAUCAGAUGCCACUCUCGGCAGUGUGAUUCACCAUCUUGCUUCAAAAUCAGUCCACAGGAUCUAUGUUGUGGAUAACCAAGACGAAGGAGUUGUUGGUGUGAUAACACUUCGAGAUGUGAUAUCUUGCUUCAUUUACGAGCCGCCAAACCUUUUCGAUGUCUACUUCGACACUUCAAUCAAAGAAGUUCUCGAAAAGUAAUGCAUCUGCUGUCAAACUCGCCAUGGGGGUUUUCUGAAAGCGGUAGGUCGUCGGAAUCUUACCCGAGAGCACAUCGUGCUAACUCCCAUACCUUAUUAUCUGUGUCAUUCCUUGGUGAUAGAAUUUAUAUAAGCAGUAGGUUUGUUGAAGCUGAAAGUAGAGUCCCGGCAAUGUUGUGAAUUGGCAUGUGUAUGUAUUUCUCAUUCUUAUCCGACUCCCAUCAAACUAUAUACGGGAAUUUUUUUCUGUCUUCUGUCGUUUAACAUCAUUCUGAUUCUUUCUGCAUCAGUUUACCUUCCAACACCAGCGUAUAUAGACAAAAGGAGUUGGAUAUGGGUCCAACUCUGUUAGCCUCAUAGCCACUUGUUCUCCCAAGUCGAAAUGCAAGUGGUGCCUAGAAGCACUAAGCAACGAGGCAUAUACUGAAGUAGAUUGCUCUGGUACAAUCUCCAUUGGAUUCUUACCAUAUUUAUUAGCCAUGCUCUUAAAAACCUACCAUCCUUUGUCAACUUGACCAGUGUGGCUCUGGUACACACUCCAUUAGAUUCCUAGCUUCAUCCAUCAUCCCAUUUCUACCCAGAAGGUCAAUCAUGCAACCAAAAUGCUCUGGUUUGGAAAUCAAGCCAUAUUCAUUAGUAUUUAGUCAUGCUCUUGGAAACCUUCCUUCCUUUGCCAACUUGACCAGUGUGACUGCACAGUGACAUAAUAGCAGUAAAAGUACCUGAAUUCGGCUUCACCUUCUCCUUCAGCAUCUGAUACAAAUUACAAAACUUGAAUCCCGAGUUUCUCCCCAUUUGCUCCCUACCCUGAUAUCAUGACAUUCCAAAAUGCUGGAUCAAUAGGCUUCAGGUCAAAUCAAUCAAAGGUCUUACUUGCCCAAGAAACACUGCCGCAUUUCAUAUACAGGUCAAUCAGUGCAGUCGCCAUAAAUUCAUCAGCAUGCCCGUGAAUCUCUUUCCCAUGCUGCAUGGAGGAUAGAGAUGCACAAGCUGGCAGUAGACUGGUAACAGACUUCAAACUGGGGUUGGUACCAGAAGAUUGCGUCUUCCUGAAGAAGUGAACAGCUUCACUAGCCUUAUCCAACCCGCUGAUCAUGGAAUUUCAUGUUACUGAAUCAGGUUACAAUCCUUCGGAUUCUAAUAGUCCAGACGAUUUAGCAGGCGUGUCGGUUUAACCAUUUAACAUAAGACUGGAAAUCAUUGAGUUCCAGCCUCCAGGCCAACUUGACCGCCCAGCUAUGCACCUGCGGGCACAACGCCGCACUGUAGCAACUAGCAAGCAGUCAGAACACUCGACACGGUAACUGAAUAGGCCUGAACCCAACUAAACCCACCUAUCGGAACAACGAAAAAGCCUCCUUGCGAAGAGCGGUGUUCGCCAAACCCGAGUUAGCGGCAUUCUGCGAGGUCAAGCUUCGGCGAGGCAUUUCAGCGAACACUUUGCCUGCGUCGUGCGGCAAAUGUAGCUUCAUGUACAUGUUAGUCAGGGAGGUGGCCGAGUGGGUGUGGAGGUGAAAGCCGGAUUUGAUGAGCUGGGUGUGAAGGAUUUGGCCCUGGAGAGUGGAAUCAAAGUAGACGCAUGCUGUGAAAAGAGGAGGGGAAGUGAACCGGUUGGCGGGAAGCCCGGCGGAACGAAGCAGAGAGUGGAGGGAGAUGGAUUCUCGGAGUUUAGAGUGCUAAC